CACGUGGUGCUGAAGUAGAUGCUUCUAUUGAACUACUAGCAUCGCUUUGAACAAAACCACAACAAGGACCUUGAUGUCCUGCUCCGGUGCUGUCUCUCGUAGAAGCUGCACAACCACGACCACCUACGGCUCCUUACUGUGUCACGUGAUGCGGAAGUUGUCGUGGUAAGUUUAAUAUUUGCAUCUGAUCUCGUUCUCGAUAACCGUACCACUAGCUACUCCUCAAAAAUCUGACGUUCAAAUUUAUUGAAGAUUGUUCCAAGGAAAAACUAUCCAAAAAAUGACGUUCCGGCAGGAGGACAGCGUCCAUGAAUGUUGCGACCCGCGAAACGUGUGGUGCCGCUGCUUUUUCCCUAUUUUCGCGGUUUGGGCCUACCAGGGUUGCGACAGCCACUGCGACAUCUGGGCCGCGCUUUGCUGCCACUGGCUGUUUAUCUUGCGCAAACGUAUCGUACUCGUCGUAGUGUUCGCAAUUAAUACGCAUUACAAAUCUACAUGCUAUUAAUAAGGUAAAUCAGCAUGACAAAUUCAGUCUGUGAUGCUGGAUGAGCUAAUUUUUUGUAUUGCAACACUAGCUACGAGUGCGAUACUUUUGCACAGGAUACUGUUCACGUGCUGCUGCUGGAACUUCAAGAAGCCCCAGAAACGGUGGAAACCCUUGCCGCAGCACGAAAAUUCCUGCUGUUGCUGCUACUGCCACCCGAAGAACGCCUGCUGCCGUUUUUGUUUUCCCGGUCUAGCGGUUUUUGCUUGGCAGGGCUGUGACAACCCCGUGGAAUUGCUCGUCGCGCAAUUCUAUGAAUUGCAAAAGCACUAUCGUACUACUCGUAGUAAUUGCGUGUACGCAUUACAAAUCUCUUCAGGUAAAUCACCAUUUACAAAUUUAAUUUCGUAAUGCUGGGCAAAUUUGUGAUGCAAUUUAUACUGGGUAGUACGAUGCUUUUGCGUUGCAUAUUGUCGCAAACAUGCUGGUCCCGUGUUUAUCGAAUAUCUACGCCUGUGCGAUCUGGAAGCCCCAUAUCCACAGUAAAUUUCCCGUACACGUACAAAUGUGGUUUCUGCAUGACAAACUUUUCUUCCAAUCCUAUUCAGCAUUACCAGUGGCAUGCUCGUCCAAGUUGGUAAAAUUUGUCAUGCAUUGUGUACAUGUACAGAAAAUUUGUAUUGCAUACCCCAGGAACGGCAGAAGAUUUGGGGUGUUGAAACCGGUACUGCUUCCGUGGUCGGAGCACCAAUUACAGUGGUGAACACUUACGGGGCAGCGCCGCCGCCUGGGGGGUAAAAAUUUUUAUAUCGCACUUCUUAGUUUCAUCAAGUAGAACGUUCUUCUGAUGUACUGACGUAGAUACUACCUGCUGUGCUGGGUUGAUGAUUAUGAUACGAAUUUCAAUACACUUGCUUCUACUAAUGCGCAACAACCAGCGCAAAGAAAUAGUACUGAUCCUGUUUUGCAGUAAUUAUGCAGUCUGUCAACCAAUAAAAUCAACAAAACACCAUCUUCGCAGUCCCGCCCCACCGAUUAACUACGGACACAACCCGAAUGCGCCCUACUUCCAACAAUAUCAAAGGAAAAAGUGUUUAUACGUUAACGGUUUUCACAGAUGGCAGUCAUGCAUAUACAAAUCUUGCCUUCCAUGCAUGCUUCGCAACACAAAUUUGCGCACCUUUUCUGAUGCAUCGCUGCGUCACAAAUUCCGUUCACGUUAACGCGUUUUCUGCUGAUAAACAACCCAACAUGAGCAUCAGCGUGCAGGGGGGCGCCGGCGGAACCGCGCCGAGGUACCCAACGAUGCAGCCCGGAAUCAAUUACGGAGCGACGAACAACAUGGGGGUGUGAAGAGCAGAAGUCGAGGACUUUGUCUCCGUGUUGAGCAGGUGGCGGUAGUACUUCACGAAAAAAGAAGACCACCGAUAAUAUUGCGGGAAAAGAACAACAAGCAAAUAGCUGUACUAUACCUGUUGCUCUAUCGACCGGUACUCGUUUGGUCUCUACCGCAGCAAUCAAAGAAGCAACUACUUCUCCUGCUAGGAGGUUGUAUUUAGAACACAGAUGGUGCGGUGGAACAGAAUGAACCACUCGUUUAUACUACAACGAGAACAUCAGUAAGAACAUCAUGAAUGCACAAUUUAUUCAGGACAGUCGCUUGUUGCUCAACAUUUUUG